AUGGGCGAAAAGCACGAGCCCGAGUGUGUCCCGCUCGUUACAAGUGAGUUGGAUUACAGUCGGUAUUUGUUUGUCGACGAUAAAGGUGGAAGGACCAAGACUCGAUGUUCUUCCCUAUGUCUCUGGCUUCUUCUCUUUGAGUUGGCUAAUGUGGCCUGCUUUAUUGGUGGAUACUUUCUUCUGGUAAAAACAAGAGGACAACAUCAGCCUCAAUUGGAUGACUAUGGAUCUCUCUCUCAAUUUAACAGGGCUUGGGACUAUAGCAAUCAUAGUACUCUUGGAGAGCGCCACGAGAGUGGAAGCUUUUACCAUGAGACUUGGGACGACAUGGUCUCGCACCAUGGCAUUGUGUCCGUCACCGAAGAGUGGGCAGCUCAGCAUGGCUUACCCCCGAGUGCACCCACCCCCGAUACACCAGGAGAACUGCUCUAUCAGGUGGAUUCCUUUCAUGCUAUGCACUGUUUGCACAUGAUCCGAGAGAAUUUACUGGAAAAUUAUCACUCCGAUGACCACACAUGGCACUGCCUGGACUACAUACGCCAUACACUGAUGUGCAACGUGGAUAUUACACUCGCUGGCAUGGAUAAGGACAAUCUGUUCGGAGCUGAGUCGAGUUAUGCGGUUCAUACCUGUCGGGAUUAUGACGCCGUUGUUCGUUGGAGUGUGGCCAACAGGUGGAAGAAUCUCUCUAAGUGGCUUGUAGAUCAUCACUAUUGA